UCAUUACCUCCCCACUAUAUUACACAAUGUCAUCAUUACCUCCCCACUAUCUAUAUUACACAAGGUCAUCAUUACCUCCCCACUAUCUAUAUACACAAGGUCAUCAUUACCUCCCCACUAUAUUACACAAGGUCAUCAUUACCUCCCCACUAUCUAUAUUACACAAGGUCAUCAUUACCUCCCCACUAUCUAUAUUACACAAGGUCAUCAUUACCUCCCCACUAUCUAUAUUACACAAGGUCAUCAUUACCUCCCCACUAUAUUACACAAGGUCAUCAUUACCUCCCCACUAUAUUACACAAGGUCAUCAUUACCUCCCCACUAUCUAUAUUACACAAGGUCAUCAUUACCUCCCCACUAUAUUACACAAGGUCAUCAUUACCUCCCCACUAUCUAUAUACACAAGGUCAUCAUUACCUCCCCACUAUCUAUAUUACACAAGGUCAUCAUUACCUCCCCACUAUCUAUAUUACACAAGGUCAUCAUUACCUCCCCACUAUCUAUAUUACACAAGGUCAUCAUUACCUCCCCACUAUCUAUAUUACACAAGGUCAUCAUUACCUCCCACUAUCUAUAUUACACAAGGUCAUCAUUACCUCCCCACUAUCUAUAUUACACAAGGUCAUCAUUACCUCCCCACUAUAUUACACAAGGUCAUCAUUACCUCCCCACUAUCUAUAUUACACAAGGUCAUCAUUACCUCCCCACUAUCUAUAUUACACAAGGUCAUCAUUACCUCCCCACUAUCUAUAUUACACAAGGUCAUCAUUACCUCCCCACUAUCUAUAUUACACAAGGUCAUCAUUACCUCCCCACUAUCUAUAUUACACAAGGUCAUCAUUACCUCCCCACUAUCUAUAUUACACAAGGUCAUCAUUACCUCCCCACUAUAUUACACAAGGUCAUCAUUACCUCCCCACUAUAUUACACAAGGUCAUCAUUACCUCCCCACUAUCUAUAUUACACAAGGUCAUCAUUACCUCCCCACUAUCUAUAUUACACGAGGUCAUCAUUAGGUCCCCACUAUCUAUAUUACACAAGG